AUGGCCGCCCUUUCGAUAUGUUUCAUCUGGAUCUCAUUGGCCUGGUUGGCCGCCACAGCUGGGGAAGAGGCCUGUGAGGCAAAGGGGCCAGGGCUUUUGCAGGCCAGUGCCUCGCGAGGCCGCCAAGGCGUAAAUGCCUCGCAGGAAGACCAUCGGACCGCGGCGCUUCAACGCCGUGCCUCUCGAGGCAAGGGCAGAGCUGGAGCCCAGAACCUGGAUGCCGUGGUGGCCGCCAAGGCCUUCGAUUGGGUGGACGACGUCGUGGACGUGAUGGUGGAUGCCGCAACUGCUGUGGCCGACUAUGGCGUCCAGAUCGGCAGCGAGCUGGCGGACGUCGGUCUCGAGGCGGGCAGCUUCGCGGGCAAUUCGGCGCUGGUCAUCGGGAAGUCUGUGGUCAAGGUCGCCGAGCAGACCUACAAAGCCGUGCCCGCGCAGAUCAAGGAUGCAGCCAGCACAUUGGGCAACCAGGUGAUGAGCGCCGGCGCACUUGCCAUCAGCGUCGGGGAGGCCGCCGCCAAGGCGGCGAGCCGCCUGAGCCAGGAAGGGCUGCAGAAGGCCCAAAGAAGCCUGGAGCAGGGCGUCCGCGCCGCUGCCAGAAUGGCUCAGGAGGUGGCCGACAAGGCGGCCGUGCUGGGAGAAGCGGUGGCGGAGCUUGGGGUCCUGGCCGCGGGCUUCGCGGCCGAUGCUUGGGAGGCAAUCAAGGACAUGAUUGGCUGCUUCCUGAGCUUCGCGACCUCCAUGUGCGCGCUGUUCCUGGAUGACGUGUGCGAUUGCAAUGCUGGGAGUAGCCUCAGCCUGUCCACCUCGCAGAUCAGUGCCAAGUGCAUCUUCAAAGCGGGUGGCUUCACCCAGGGCUUCGGCAUCUCUGCCGGUGGACAAUUCGGGGAGGCGGAGGAAAGCAGCAGUGGCAAGGCGCAACUGCCUGGAAGUGCCUCGGUCCAACCUCGCCGAGGCGCCCAAGAGGAGUUGAAGGACAAGAAGGCGCUGAGGUCGAGCCUAGCCCCGGCGCCCGAGGGCAGCUGCAGCGGCCACAUGAACCUCGCGAUCGACGGGCUGGUGCAGUUUGAGCCCGUGGUGGAGCUGAGCGUCGACACCUCGGGUUCCACCGAGGUGGUCGUGAGCGGCUUGGUUGAAGUGCAGAAGUGUGGUUCGACACAAGAGGCAGAUGGGGCAAAUGCAGUCGCAGAAGGAGCCGGCAGGGCCGAUGCCCCUUUCUCGGUCUUUGCUUCCAGGCUCUCGGGGGAAGGCAGAACCUUCGACGGCCUGCUGCCCAGCAUGCGGCUUCGGGAGCUCAAGGAGGUGAUCUGCAGUGACCUGGGUCUGCACAGCUUCAGCACGCAGCUCUUCUGGGAUAGGGCCUUCGAGGGCGCGGACGAGGAUCGAAAGCUCGGUGACCUCGGUGAGGGGGCUCGGCCAACAGCCCCAUGCACCUCUUUGGGAUUCGGCGACUGGGCUCUUCUUGCCGGCACCAUCAUCGGCAGAGCCUGGGCUGGUGAGUUGCAAUGUGAGGGUCAGGUAAUCGUUGAGAACCGGCUCAAUGUGAAGAGUCUUGAGGAGUCGCAGGAGUCGCAGGAUUCGCAGGAGCCGCAGAAAGAGCCGACAAGGCCGACUGCAAUGGAACCCCCCUUCUCUGUCUUUGCUUCGAAGCUUUCGGGUGAAGGCAAGACGUUCGAAGGUCUGCAGCCCAGUAUGCUGCUUCGGGAGCUCAAAGAGGUGAUCUGCGGGGACCUCGGUCUGCGCAGCUUCAGCACCCAGCUCUUCUUGGACCGGGCCUUCGACGGCACGGACGAGGAACGACCGAUCGGUGACCUCGGCAUCGGUGAGGGUGCUCGGCUGGAGGUUGUGGUGGCCGCCUUCUGCACGCAGCUACCUGGCAGAUGGGAGCCUGCGCCAGGGGAUGACCAAACGUGGAUGCGGCGAAUGACGAUUGCAGAGGAUGGAAGCUUCAGCUGCAAGAAUGGCGAGCUCACGGACGGUCUGGUGCGCCUGCUCUCCGCAUCAGAGCGAAGGAUCAACCUCAAGCGGACCUGCUCCGAUGCGAACGAUCACAUUUUCGUGGUGGAGGAGUCGGGCAGAAGGAUGCGCGGCCACUGUCCCCAAAGCGGCUACAGGUGGACGCUUACGAAGCAGGCGGAGGGCUCCUGCGCCCUGGAGGCCGAGAGGCGCUUCCCCAAGAAGCCGCUGACCAAGGUCUUCUGCGCCGGCUACGUCUGCGUGGCGCUGAUUCUGCAAAUGCUCGCGGAGAUGGAGGUGGCCGGCACUCUGACGGGCAGCGCUGAGCUGAGUGCCAGUGCGGACUUCGAGGUGAGCGCCAGGAUCAAGCUGGACGUCUCGGGCAACGCAGACGUGAACGUCCAGAGCCCUGAGAUCCGGCACCGCACGGCGUUUGGGCUGGCGGCCUCUGCGUCGGCGGUGAUGAGGCUGGGAAUGGGUCCAGUCCUGACCAUUUGGCCUAUGCCGGGCGUGCCGGUGACAACCAACCCCAUGAUGAACGCCGAGCUCCGGGGCCAGGCCACGGUGGACCUCUCGGGCACCGCGCUGCUCCAGCGCGACUUUGCACGGCAGAUGCUCGAGCCGGCGCACACCAACCCGCACCGCCACUGCACAGUCUACGAGCAGUGGCGCAUGCGCUGGCUCGGAAGCCAUGUGGAGAUGCCUUUGGGCUCCACGCCCUAUGGCGCCGACGUGGGCACCUGGCAGGCGUGCCUGGACCUCUGCAAGGAGACGGAGGGCUGUGCACAGGUGGUCUACAGGGACGGCUUUUGCUACGGCAUGAGCGAGUCCUCCGAUGAGGACCCCAUCAAUGCCACCAAGCGCUUGAAGCUUGACUUUGGGCUUCGGAGUGUGUAG